UGUGGUUUAAUUUUCAGGCAUUAUUGUUUGCUGUCUAUAAAGCUGCUUAGCGUCCUGAAUUUAUUCGGACAGUUGUGAACAAUGGCAAACAAAGUUCACGUGCUUAUUAGCUCGGAGUAUUCCUCACACAGCAAAGCGAAGGGUAUUGAGACUUAACGUGUGUUUUCCAGACGGAUGGUUUAUGGGCUUUAUCUGAAUGUGUUCAAACAUCCACUUUAACAUUUGCAAUCUAUUGUUAUCAUGUUGCCCUUUUUGUAACGAAAUGUCCUGAAGACUGUGACGUAGAUGUAAUGUACCUGCAACUGUAACAAGUUGACCUUUCCCGACGCUGGAACCAAUAUCACAACACUAGUUGUAGCACGGACAACAAAACGAAAGCACAAUACCGAAAAGUAGCACACAAAAAUAGUUCGAGGAGGGGAAUGUGCCUGUAGAGCAAUGAACAGUUCAGUGCUGUAGAGUCUCAAUAGCUAUAAACAAACGGUUAUAUGAUUAGUAAUGACAACGCUAGUCCUUGAUAAUGGAGCCUAUACGGCUAAAAUUGGAUACAGCCAUGAAAAAGUCAGCGUUAUCCCGAAUUGUCAAUUUCGUUCAAAAACCUCGAGACUGAAGACGUUCACCGCCAGUCAGUUAGACGAAAUAAAGGAUCCAUCUGGGCUGUUCUAUAUUCUGCCUUUUCAGAAGGGAUACCUGGUAAAUUGGGAUGUGCAACGGAAGGUGUGGGAUCAUCUCUUUGGAAAGGAAAUGUUCAAGGUGGAUUUUUCAGACACCAGUAUAGUGAUUACAGAACCAUACUUUAACUUCACGUCAAUCCAGGAGUCCAUGAACGAGAUAUUGUUUGAAGAGUACCAGUUUCAAGCAGCUCUCAGAAUAAAUGCUGGCUCCCUGAGUGCACAUCGAUACUUCCAGGAGAACAGCUCGGAGCUCUGUUGCAUCGUGGUGGACAGUGGAUUCUCUUUCACUCACAUUGUCCCCUACUGCAGGGGAAAGAAAAUGAAAGAUGGAAUAUGCAGGAUGAAUGUAGGUGGGAAGUUGCUGACCAAUCAUUUAAAGGAGAUCAUUUCAUACAGACAGCUGCAUGUCAUGGAUGAAACGUAUGUGAUCAAUCAGGUGAAAGAAGAUGUGUGCUAUGUAUCCCAGGACUUCUACAAGGACAUGGAAAUUGCUCAGUUAAAAGGAGAGGAGAACACAGUGAUGAGGGACUACGUCCUCCCAGACUUCAGCGCCAUCAAAAAGGGUUUCUGCAAACCCCGUGAAGAGAUGAACUUCACAGGAAAGUAUAAGACCGGGGAGCAGAUUUUACGGCUGACCAAUGAGAGGUUCGCUGUUCCUGAGAUGAUUUUCCAUCCCUCGGACAUUGGCAUUCAGGAGAUGGGCAUUCCAGAGGCACUGGUCAACUCAGUCAACAACCUGCCCGAGGAGAUGCAGCCCCACUUUUUCAAGAACAUCGUCCUCACGGGUGGCAACACCCUAUUUCCGGGCUUCAGGGAUCGAGUGUACAAGGAGGUCCGCUCUCUCACUCCGACCGACUUUGAUGUGUCCGUGGUGCAGCCACACAAUCCUAUCUGCUACUCCUGGGAGGGAGGAAAACUCCUUUCAGAAAACCCUGACUUUGAUGAGAUGGUGGUCACUCGUGAAGACUAUGAGGAGAAUGGACAUUACAUAUGUGAAGAGAAGUUUGAUAUUUAACGCAGUGAACUUGAUUGACUGCAGUGAGACAGACAUUCCACUCAAAAGGCUGAAAAGAGAAACAAGACGAUACUUGCAAGUCUGUGCACAACAACUUUAGCAGUGCCAUAGAAACAAUUCAGAAUUGCUCAGGCCAGAGUUGAUCCAUGUACAUAACUCUCUGGCUUUGUAUUUUGGUCUUGGAUUGAUUUAUUUUACAAACAGAGGACAUUCCUGUGCAGGAGGGAACCAUUUCUAGCACUGAGUAUUUGUUUAAUGAAGUAACGAGGUUUUACUGGCUGUUAAUGACUCAUGGUAGAUUAAUUUAUUUCUGACAUGUCAUGCUUUGUAUCCUUUCAGUUACAUGAGCAAGUACUAUACCAACUAAAGGAAUUUUGUUUAUUCAGGCCACAUUGGAUUUUGUUGUGAAAAAAAUAAAAGAUGUAUUUUUUCCAUUUUA